AUGGCGAGUCAGUUGAAGUUUGUUGAUUCUCACAAUAUCAUUGGAUAUCUCCUGGAUCCACCUAUCGUGCACAAUGAAUUCAAAUCCAUGAUCAUGGGUUUGAACAGUUGCAGAAGUUCUUACGCUCUACAUGCUAAUCCAGUAAUUCAAGGGAACUCAAUCCUUAAGAAGAUGUGUUAUAAAGGAACCUAUCCUCCCACCAUCAAGAAGUUGUUGCCACCUUACUGGAGAAAUGAAAAGCAAUCUCCAGGGGAAGAAGAAGGACCUAUUUUUGAUGUAUCCCAGGAACCAAUCAAUGAGACUAUGAUUUCUCCUACGGAGAUAGAGAAAGAAAUCAACAUUUUCAAGCAACCAAACAAUCUAAUGGCUGAACAGAUGGAAGACCUUAUUGAAAAAUUACAGUCUACUAUGAGGAAGCCUCCCCAAACAGUUCAUGUUACAACUGAACCUCCAUUUGAGAGUGAUAAUGAAGAUUCAGCUCACAUCCAUCUCCUGAGAAAACGAAAAGAAGAGAUCCAAGACUUGGAAUGCUUAUCACCGACCUUGAUCAAAUUGUAUCUACUCCGAUUGAGCCUAGAUUUUGAAAGCCCUAUUCUUGAACAAGAAGUCUUACCUUCACAAGGGGCUCAAACUUAUGGAAGCUCCUUUGAAGCCCCCGAGCUGGAUAUUUCAAAAGGAAAAGGAAAGCAGCCUGAGUCUAAAUUUGUAGAUGUCUCUCUGCUUCAGAACAGAGUUUUUGAUUUGGAAUAG